CAAAAGCAUUAUAUACACGGGUCCAACAAAUCGUGGUCGGUUGGUUGGUUCGUUCAAGGUUAUGAAGCGAAUCAUAUCAGAGAAAGAAAGCAAGCAAAGAAAAGGAAAGCAAGCUAACAAACAAAGCCCUAAUAGAACCGUGUGUCUCUAAGGUCGAUCGCCCAUCUAUGGCGGCGACCAAACCCAAGGCCUCACAGACGACCUCCAACUCCAGAGUUUGGUUCUACUCCUCAUUGCUUACCUUGCAGUACGGUGCUCAGCCUCUCAUUUCCAAACGCUUCGUCAGACGGGAAGUCAUUGUGACUUCAUCUGUUUUAGCAUGUGAAAUAGCAAAGGUUAUUUGUGCUCUUGUGCUAAUUGCAAGAGAAGGUGGUUUCAGGAAACUAUUCAAGGAGUGGACUUUAGUUGGUUCAUUGACUGCAUCAGGAUUGCCAGCAGCUAUUUAUGCGCUGCAAAAUAGUCUGCUGCAGAUUUCAUACAAAAAUCUCGAUUCGCUCACAUUCUCAAUGCUGAACCAGACAAAACUAUUUUUCACUGCUCUGUUUACAUAUAUAAUAUUGGGGCAGAGGCAAUCAAUUCAACAAAUUGGUGCCCUCUUUUUGUUGAUAAUGGCAGCUGUCCUUUUGAGCAUUGGUGAAAGCUCUGGCAAAGGUUCAACUAGCAGUGAACCUGAUCAAAUUUUGUUCUAUGGAAUAAUUCCGGUCUUAGUGGCGUCUGUAUUAUCUGGCCUGGCUUCAGCUCUGUGUCAAUGGGCUUCUCAGGUUAAGAAACACACAUCAUACUUGAUGACUGUGGAAAUGUCUAUAGUCGGAAGCCUGUGCUUGUUGGCUAGUACCUACAAGUCUCCAGAUGGAGAAGCCAUCAGAAAGCAUGGAUUUUUAUAUGGUUGGACCCCACUAACUUUGAUACCUGUUAUGUUCAAUGCUGUUGGUGGAAUUCUUGUUGGCCUGGUUACAUCCUAUGCUGGUGGCGUCCGAAAGGGAUUUGUCAUUGUUUCCGCACUUCUUGUCACAGCCUUGUUGCAGUUUAUCUUUGAUGGAAAAGCACCUUCAUUGUACUGCCUAGUGGCUUUUCCACUUGUCAUUAGCAGCAUCUCAAUAUACCAGAAAUACCCAUACCGCAUUAAGAAGAAGGAAUCAUAAGCGUCACGAUAAUAGGGGAGUUAUUACAUUUGCACCGAUUGAUAAGAUGUUUAUUUGUUUCAAAUUGUUUUGACUUUGUGUAGAGUGGAGUUCCAAAAUAUUGUUUGGAGGUGUACAAAAAUGAUAACUAGCUUAGCAAAUUAAGAAGGUAAUCCAUGCUUUUCUUUUAUGAAAUUCAUUGUACUUUGAAUUGUAUAUCUGAUUGGGCUCAUGUUCACUUCAUCAUAGAAAAACAUGUAUAAUGAACUUGGAAGAAUUUUAAUGAGUUCAUCUUCUGAGGUCUGAAACACUGUUUGAAUAUCUCAAAUGCUUCAACUUUGCUGGUUUAAGCAAUAGAAGUUUGUUUUUUA